AUGGCAGCCCCAGCCAAUGAGAUUGAUUGCUAUCUGAAUCCUUCCGGGGAUCUUACCUUGGUUAUGUCUCUGGAAGACGAUAAAGAUGAUGCUGCUGACUCAGCAGUCCCUGGGCAGAAGCCAAAACACUUGCUAGCACUGGAUCUGUGGAGUUUAGGCUUUGUGACUUCGAUCCUGAAGCCGUUCUCAUUUUCUCCUCAUUGCCGCCUGAGCGAGCUCCCGACCAAAGUCAGCCUCGAUACACUCUGUGGCAUCACUAUAUUCGCGGACUAUAUCCAGUGCUUCAAAGACUUGAAGCUCAUGUUUUCAGAUUGGCUCAAAGUCAAGGUUGAUCCGUCAACAGACUGCAUAGACCUGCAUGAGCUGGACCGUUGCAUUUGGCUGGCGUGGAUAUUCCGACGACAGAAGGCAUUUUGUUACGAUACUGUGCUUGCCAAAAGGCUGAGCACCGGCCCCAUCAUUGACUGA